AUUCACCCAGAGAUGAACAUUCUACUCACAUCAAAGAACCUAAUGCCCCUGAUGUUGUUCCAUGUAAUCAUUCUUCUGACAGCACCCCUCCAGACUGUGGAGAUACUAGAAAUUUGAAUAGAAGACCUGUGUCUGUACCAAUGAAAAGUGAUGGUAGUGCUAGGCAUUUCUCAUUUUCAUUAGAUUUAUGCAACUUUCGAGCAACUCGAUUAGCACAUCCUAUUAAUCUUUUCAUAAGGUAUUCUUAUCCAUUUUUUGGAACUAAUUCAGCUAUGAUUACUCACCCAGAAGUGGAAGUUAAUCCAAAGUGUGAAGUCAGUAUUCCACAUGGUUACUGUGCCUUUAAAUUUGCCACAUCAUUCAAUUUGCUGAAGUCAACAUUUUGGGAGACACCUCUUCUUCUAGAGGUUCUUCAUAGAAAAAAGAAUGGUCAAGAACAGUCAGUUGGUACUGCACGCAUAAAUCUUUUUCAAGUUUUGGAUGCUCCUUCUAUUAGCCAUACUGUUGACAAAAAGCAAGGCAUGAGGCAGAUGAGUACAUGUAAAGUUGUUGUUACAUCCCCUGAAGGGUAUGAAAUAGGGGAAAUAUAUGCAGUUUUGACUUUAAUUGAUUUUGGGCGCACAACUUCUCUGUGUGAUCAUCAUUCAAAUCAGUCAAGUGUUUCUUAUUAUCCACAAGUUCAUAGUUUCAUACCUAAUUUUGAUUUACCUUUGUUACGACAAAAUGGCUUGACCCAAGAUGAGUUGCUUCAAGCUGCUUUGGAGCUUGAACUGUGGCAAGAGCGUCAACGGGAAAUAUUUAGAGCCCAGCUUAAAGACAAAGAAAUGCAACAUUUGUCAGUGCUUACAUCAGAAUGGAAGCAAAGAGAUAUGGAAAGGGAAUUAUUGCUUCAGAGACAGUUGCAAGAAUGUCAGAAACUUGAAGAUAAAUUAAAAGCAACAUUAAAAGAUGCUGAAUUGAAAGAGAAGCAGCUAUCUUCUCAAGAGGCAGAGUUGUCUCAGAAGUUGCGUAAUAUGGACAAGCAGAAAGAGCAGCAGCAGAAGGAAACAAAGAACCAAAUUGAAUCAAUCAAAAUGGAAUACAACGAACUAUUAGCUAUGGAAAGGUUGAAUGUUCGAGAUUUAGAACAGAAAAAUAGUUCAUUGAUGCGACAGGCUGAAUUGCAGCAGAAACUAGAAGCUACUUUAGCAUCUAAACAGAAAUAUAAAAUUCAGUGGGGUCAAGCUGUAAGGCAAAUAUCUCUUCUCCAGCAAAAACUUCAUUUGAUGGAACGUCUUGAACUAGCUAAGAAGGAUGAAGAACUCAGUUCUUUGCAACAGAGAAUUUUAGCCUCAGAAGAUAAAAAUGCUAUUCAAACAAAUGAGGAGAUUCUUGAAAUGGCAAAGAUAAGUUGA